AUGCUGCUGUUCCUGUGGCUCCUCCUCGCCUUUGGCGAUGUCUUUGGGAUCACGACUGCUGGAUAUUACAGCGAGACCUGUUCCACUUUUGUGACUACCGUGUCGACUGCCUUAAAUAUCCCACUGGUUGUUAUCACCUCCUCUACCCCGGUGGCCACGGUCACAGUUACUGGCGAAAACACGGUGUCUCCUCUAGAGCUUGCCAAUGCUGACUCCUUCUCGAUAUCAUCAUCUGAGGUAAUUCAGUCCAUCACUGUGGAUGCUUAUCGCCUCGAAACCCUCGUCCAGUGUGGAGAGUCGCUUUCCACCCUGUCUGCGACAACUUUCUGGACCACAGUGUCCGAGUCAAUCAUGACAAGCAGCGAUGGCUCUUACAUCUCUGCCUCAGCUACACCCAGCUUGAGUAUCUCAACAUAUCCGUCCGAGGCUCCAAGUAUCUACUCCUCCAGCAGUGAAGCGCCUAUUUCCUUCAGCACAUACAAUGAGCCGAUGCGCAGCAUUUCAACUUAUGUACCCCAACCUUCCACCAUUGAAUCCUCGGUGGUAGAGUCGACGGCUACCUUCAGUACAUACUCUGAGCCUAGCAUCAGCACAUACCCUGAUUACAGCUUCAGCCUUUCAACCUACAUCACUCAAGGUCCAAUCACUUCUUCCCUGUCGGUCUCGUCGACUCUGGCCUUCAGUACUUAUUCUGAACCUAACUUUAGCAUAUCAACAUAUGCAUCUGAAACUCUGGUAUCAACGUCGUCGGCCAUUGAGACUACCAUUACCCUCAGCACGUACUCAGAGCCCAGCCUCAGCAUUUCUACUUAUGCGUCCGAAGUCCCAAUUCCUUCAUCCUCGGCGACUGAGUCGACUUUGAGCUUCAGCACAUACUCUCUUGAGCAUUUCCACUUAUAUCACUCAAGCUCCAACUGGAUCUACUCUCCCUUUCAGUACAUAUUCAGCGCCAAGUUUCAGCGUCUCAACGUACUCGACAGAAUCCCCGAUCGACUAUUCUUCGGAUACUUGGACUACUGCCACAUUCAGUACCUAUUCCGAACCGAGUACUAG